CACUGGAAUUCCGAAUGUGAUUUGUUUGAAAUUCCUUCGUCAGUAGGAAUAAUAAAUUCAGCACACACCAGUGUUUAGUUUAUGUGUAAUCAUUUCGGAUACAGUCUAAUUUGUCUCAAGUUCGCUUUGACUCCGCGUGAUCCUCGGCGAUGACCAUAGUUACCCUUGCCUCGUGUAAAGUUGUCGUCGGCACCGCUUCUGUCUUUGUACCGGCGGCUGUCGGAUCAGCUAUCGGCGGAAUAAUGACCGGCGGAAAACUCCUGUUCUCUGCUGCCUCCGCGACAAAGGCAUUGGGUGCCUCUACGGCGACUGGGAUGUCAACGGGAGCUAUUGCAGGGCUUGCUAACAAUCCCGUCGGUAUGUUGGUAGUAGGGACCUGUACCGGCGUUUUUGGACCCGGAAAUGAUAACUCUGAAUAUGGAAGUGAUCUUUGUGUAACAUACGACUGCUGGAAACCUAUUGUUCACGACGAGUCUCUGAUUCCGUCACGUGGAAUGCUUUUAAAGGACUUGUGCUGCCAUCCCGACGUUGCAUGUGUCAACGUAACGGAGAGUGACGUCAGCAAUUUGCCACACGUCCGCUUUGAAAACAAAUGGAAUGAAAUAUUUGAAAUUGAAUACAUGCUGCUUCCCGAUACGAACCAACUCUUUUGCCAUGCCAAUCCUAUUGUUAAAAGCUACUGACAUUCGAGUUUCAGUGUGCUACUCAGCUAUCGUUCUUAGCCACUCGAAAGUGGCAAACACUAUUGGUCUUGAUGUUAUUAUGAUGAACGACUUUUUGUAGUGGUGCAGUGAAUUUGCCUUGAGCUAUGUUCGUAUAUUUCGUCAUAUAAGGAUGUCCGGAUUAAUACAGUUUAAUGUUAACUCCUAUUUUCAAAUAUAUGUGCACAUGUAUCUUAAUCAUUUCACAGAACACACUUCAUUUAUGAAAAGGUUAUAUGGAUACAAUGAAUAAAAUAUAUACAAGUAA